GUGCCCGCUGCCAUGGGGUAGGGGGCGGCGGGGGGACGCCGCCGGGCUGCGGCCGCCGUUGGAGCGCAGAGCCGGGGGGCGGCGGCGGCGGGGUCGGUGCCGGGGGGGCUGCCCCGGUGCGAGCGCGGCGGCGGCGGCGGCGGGCGGAGAGAUGGUCGCGGAGUUGGUGAGCGGCGCCCUGGGGCUCGCCCUGUACCUCAACACGCUGGGCGCAGACUUCUGCUACGACGACAGCCGAGCCAUCAAGACAAACCAGGACCUUCUGCCAGAGACGCCGUGGACGCAUAUAUUCUACAAUGACUUCUGGGGAACACUUCUCACUCACAGUGGGAGCCACAAGUCAUACAGACCUCUCUGCACACUCUCCUUCCGCAUCAACCAUGCUGUUGGAGGGAUGGACCCAUGGGGCUACCACCUUGUAAACGUCCUGUUGCAUGCUGCAGUCACAGGCCUUUUCACAAACUUCUCGAGGAUCCUCUUUGGGGAUGGGUACUGGACCUUGAUAGCAGGUCUGCUGUUUGCAUCCCAUCCAAUCCACACGGAAGCCGUAGCAGGGAUUGUGGGGAGGGCAGACAUCGGAGCCUGCCUCUUCUUUCUGCUUUCCCUGAUGUGUUACGUGAAGCAUUGCUCUACGAGAAGUUCCUCAGCUAGUACAUGGGGCUGGAUCUUGGGAACGGGAGUGUGUGCUGGGUGUAGCAUGCUGUGGAAGGAACAAGGAGUGACUGUUCUGGCAAUUUCAGCAGUGUACGAUAUCUUUGUAUUUCAUCGGCUGAAAAUGCAUCAAAUCAUUCCUGCUUUAUACAAGAGGAAGAAUUUAAGCCUCUUCUUCAGCAUUGGAUUAUUGACCUCCUGGGGGACUGCACUGCUGGGUGUCCGCUUAUACUGGAUGGGCAACAAGCCCCCAAGUUUCUCCAACUCUGACAAUCCAGCAGCUGAUUCAGACAGUUUUCUCACGCGAACGCUCACCUUUCUUUACCUACCAACCAAGAAUCUCUGGCUGUUGCUUUGCCCAGACACCCUCAGCUUUGACUGGUCCAUGGAUGCUGUGCCUCUUCUGAAAGCAGUCAGUGACUGGAGGAAUCUACACACUGUGGCCUUCUAUGCUGGACUCCUCCUCCUUGCCUAUUUUAGCUUGAAGGGCUCCGGCAACGAGAGAGAAUGCAAUGGGAAAAGUGUAAUGAAUGGCAAGCAGAAUGCUAAUGGGCAUAGCUGUCACUCAGAGGUGGAAUAUAAGACACUGGAGGGGAAGUCAAGCUUUGCAUCAAAGGAAGAGAAUGGCAUAAAAAGGCAUGAAAUUCAGAAACUGCAGCUUCCUUCAACUGAGAACAUUGUCAUUCUGUCUCUGUCUUUGUUAAUAGUGCCCUUUGUUCCUGCCACAAACCUAUUUUUCUAUGUUGGCUUUGUAAUAGCAGAGCGUGUGCUGUAUGUUCCUAGUAUGGGCUUCUGCCUGCUGGUUACAGUAGGUGUCAGGGCCCUUUAUGUCAAAGCCCAAAAGCGCUUUCUGAAGAACUUGGUCUUUUGUUCCACUGCUGCAUUAAUUGUUUUCUAUGGACUCAAGACUGUUGUCAGGAAUGGGGACUGGCAGAAUGAGGAGAUGCUGUAUAGGUCAGGGAUAAAAGUAAACCCUGCUAAAGCAUGGGGUAACCUUGGAAAUGUUCUCAAGAGCCAGAGCAAGAUUUCUGAAGCUGAAAGCGCCUACAGAAAUGCCUUGUACUACCGCAGCAACAUGGCUGAUAUGCUUUAUAAUUUAGGAUUACUGCUUCAGGAAAACAGCAGAUUUUCAGAGGCAUUGCAUUACUAUAAACUGGCAAUUGGUAGCAGGCCCACAUUAGCCUCUGCCUAUUUAAAUACCGGUAUCAUCUUAAUGAACCAAGGGAAGACAGAGGAAGCCAGGAGGACUUUCCUGAAGUGUUCAGAGAUCCCUGAUGAAAAUUUGAAGGAUCCUCAUGCUCAUAAAAGCUCUGUUACUAGCUGUCUUUAUAACUUAGGAAAACUUUUUCAUGAACAAGGACACUAUGAGGAUGCCCUUACGGUUUACAAAGAAGCAAUACAGAAAAUGCCAAGACAGUUUGCACCACAGAGCUUAUACAAUAUGAUGGGAGAAGCAUAUAUGAGAAUGAACCGGCUGCCAGAAGCAGAGCACUGGUACGUGGAGUCACUGCGAUCCAAGAGCGACCACAUUCCAGCACAUCUCACCUAUGGGAAACUGCUGGCCCUGACGGGACGCAAGAGUGAGGCAGAAAAGUACUUCGUGAAGGCUAUUCAGCUGGAUCCUACCAAAGGCAACUGCUACAUGCAUUAUGGUCAGUUCCUCCUAGAAGAAUCCCGUCUAAUAGAAGCAGCUGAUAUGGCAAAGAAAGCAGCUGAACUCGAUAAUACAGAAUUUGAUGUUGUUUUCAAUGCAGCCCAUAUGCUCAGACAAGCCAGUCUUAAUGAAGAAGCUGAGAAAUAUUAUGAAAUGGCAGCAGGAUUAAGACCUAAUUAUCCAGCUGCCUUAAUGAAUCUUGGAGCCAUUCUGCAUCUGAAUGGUAAACUGAAAGAGGCCGAAGAAAACUACCUCCUUGCUCUUCAACUUAAACCUGAUGAUGUCAUCACUCAGUCCAAUCUUCGCAAAUUGUGGAAUAUCAUGGAGAAACAAGGUUUAAAGACAGCCAAGAUAUGAUACGGAAAACUCUGAACUUUUUUUUUUAUCUUAAAUUGAUUAAAAACCCAAACUACAACUUCCAUACAGCUGUCUGAUUGGAGAACUCAUUGGACUUGAUUGCAAGGAUCAGAGAUCUUGAUUGAUUGCUGCUAGGAGAAGCUAUUCUGCUUUUUUUUUUUUUUUUUUUUUUUUCUAGAUAAAAAGGGAGACAGAUAUUCAUGAAGGACUUCAGUGUUAGCCCACAAAAAGAUUUAGAACCACAGCACUCAAAAGAGGGUGUCUUGGCAUAUUUGAUAAAUCACUGCAAAUCCCACAUUGCUUACUUCUGUGUGGGUACUUGAAAAGUAUACUGUCAUAGAAAUACUAAAGGAAAUUUUUACAGUAUACACUAAACCAUAUGGGAAUAAAAGUGGUAAUAACAGGUUAAAGUAUUUUGCUGAUACUGUAACUCAUUAAAAUGCCUACUAAAUCCAGCGUGUUUGCAGUUUGUCUUAAUGCUGCUGUAUCUCACUUUAAGACCACUUAAUUCACAGUUUAUAUGGGCGAUUCUUAUUUGUUUUAAAAAACCUGUCACUUGGGUUUAGAUGGCACAGUCAUAAUGGUUUAGUAAGAAUAUAUCUAUUAUUUCAAUUUAUUUUAAAAAAUGUUGCAAUUCUGAGAUGCACAAUCAAAUGGCUGUGGGAUAAACAGAAGAGCAAGGAAUUGCCUAAAUUCUAUCAUAUUCUAUCUACAAAUCAUAUGUGUAUGUAGAAGCUAGAAACAACAACAACGAAAGAGUCCAAAAGUGUGAUUUGUCCUGACUUAGCAAUAUGAAUGAGACUGAUAUUUGCCAUGGUAUUGAAUAUGGUCAGAAUGUCAUCUUACGAAGAAGAAAAAAUGAAAAAAAGAUAAAAAUGUUUGAAUAUUUCUACAUUGUUGUCAGAUAAGAUUGACUUUAAACUAGAUUCUGUGUCCAAUAUUUUUGCAAUAAUUCAGCCAAGUGAGAUUUGAAAAUAUUAGUGCUUGGAUAUGCUAUAGAGACUUCAUGAUCAGCUCGGAAGGGGAAUGUAAUAAUACAUUGUUGAGGCUAGAAAAUAGGGACUGGAUUAGAUUAUGCAUAGAAUAGCGCACGUAGGUCAAGAGAAAUGUGAAACAGUGGUUGCCAGUUACUUUUCACAGAGGUGGUGUUUUAAAAACAUAUAACCUAUUCAGAUUCUAACCAAAUAAUAUAAUUCUGUUUGUAUUCUGACAUGUGCUAGCAGCAGAGCUGUCAAAUAUCUAAGUAUGCUUCUGGUGAGGUUCAGUUAAUUUCUGGUUCAGAAUGAUUUGGCCUAGUUACUGUUUUAUUCUUCAGUUUAUAAA